AUGAGCUCGUCAAACGGCCGCUCCGAACGCCCCGAACGGGCCGGCUCCAUCGAUCCCCUAUCUCAUCCGGAUAUAUACUAUGGAAAUGAAGAUUCUCGUGCAAGGAUUCGCCGCGGGCGCGCCUUCUCGGCGAGUUUGAAGGAUUACAGUCGUGAGGAUAUCCAUGAGUUCCUUGGGACUUUGCCUUCACGGCGAGGAAGUCACGAUGAGUCUAGCCACAAACCCCGCAAGUUCUUUAUCAACGUCGAUGAAACACUCGAUGCCCUGUUGAAACAGGAAGACACCGAUCAGAACAUGCAGAUCACGAUCGAGGACCUUGGACCAAAGACGCUUUCCAUUGGAACAGCGGCUUCGUCGGGAUACAACCGUGUUGACGUUCGCGGUACUUAUAUGCUGUCCAACCUUCUCCAGGAACUUACAAUCGCGAAAGACUACGGUCGCAAGCAUAUUGAGCUUGAUGAGGUUCGCCUUAGCGAGAACCCAGUGUCUCGGCUCUCGCGGUUGAUCAAGAACUCCUUCUGGAAAGCACUGACCAGACGAAUUGAUGGCUCAAAUAUCGAGGUAGCGGGCAGAGACCCUAAGGAUUGGACAUCCGACCCACGACCUCGCAUUUACAUCCCACCGGGUGCCCCGGCGCAGUUUGAAUACUAUUCCAAAAUCGCCGAGAAGCACCCGGAAUUACGUUUAGACGUGGUGAUGCUGGAUGCUGAUAUCACUCCGGAUUAUGUCAUGAAACUCAGCGAGAAGCCGGGGUUGCUGGCACUUGCAAUGCAAAAAAAAGUUGAUGAAGCUGGAAACGAGGAUCUAGAAGGCGUUCCGUUCGUGGUGCCCGGAGGUCGAUUCAACGAACUGUACGGAUGGGAUAGCUACAUGGAGUCUCUGGGACUCCUGGUAAGCGAUCGAGUUGAUCUUGCCAAGGGCAUGGUCGUCAAUUUCUGCUUCGAAAUCAAGCACUACGGAAAGAUCCUCAAUGCCAACCGAUCCUACUACCUGACUCGCUCGCAGCCUCCCUUCCUGACUGACAUGGCACUCCGUGUCUACGAGCGGAUUAAGCAAGAGCCAGAUGCAAGGGAGUUCCUUCGAAAUGCAGUCCUCGCUGCAAUCAAGGAAUACCAUAGUGUGUGGGCCUGUGAACCACGUCUGGACCCGAUUACUGGGCUCUCGAGAUAUAGACCCGAGGGAUGGGGUGUGCCGCCGGAGACAGAGCCUACUCAUUUCACCCACAUCCUGAUGCCAUACGCGAAGAAGCACGGCAUGACCUUUGAGGAAUUCGUUAAAGCGUACAACUCCCGCGAGGUGAGCGAGCCUGAACUCGAUGAGUAUUUCCUGCAUGACCGAGCGGUGCGUGAGUCUGGUCAUGAUACCAGUUACCGUUUGGAGCGUGUGUGCGCGAACCUGGCUACUGUCGAUCUCAACUCUCUGCUUUACAAAUACGAAGUGGAUAUCGCCUGGAUUAUUCGAACCCACUUCAAAGAUAAGCUGGAGAUCCCGGUGGAAUUCACCACUCCGCAGACACAAGGCAUCGAGUUUGAAAGCUCAGCUUCCUGGGACCGGCGUGCCCGCAAGCGCAAGCAGCGCAUGGAUCAAUUAUGCUGGAAUGCUGAGAAAGGCAUGUUCUUCGACUACGAUACUGUCAAGAAGGAACAAACCGACUAUGAAACCGCAACAACCUUCUGGGCCAUGUGGGCCGGUCUCGCAACUCCAUCUCAGGCAGCUGCGAUGGUAGAGAAGGCUUUGCCUCGGCUUGAAGCUUACGGUGGUCUAGUAUCUGGAACAGAGGAAUCCAGAGGUCCCGUGGGCUUGGAGCGACCCAACCGACAGUGGGAUUAUCCAUAUGGCUGGGCGCCGCAGCAGAUGCUCGCUUGGACUGCAUUCCUGCGCUACGGAUACCAGGAUGAUGCGGAGAGACUGGCUUACAAAUGGCUUUAUAUGAUCACCAAGGCCUUCGUCGAUUUCAACGGUGUGGUAGUGGAGAAGUAUGAUGUGACACGGCCUAUUGAUCCACACCGCGUCGAUGCCGAGUACGGCAACCAAGGCACCGACUUCAAGGGCGCACCACGUGAAGGUUUCGGCUGGGUCAAUGCCAGUUAUGUGUAUGGAUUAGAGAUCCUCAAUGCGCACCAACGCCGUUCUCUGGGAACUAUCACCCCAUACGAAACGUAUAAGAAGGCGAUUGAUGCCCAGAAUAUGUACUGA